AUGAGCUUCUUUCAAUUGGGGCUUCCGGCCAAAACACUACGGGAAAUCCGGGCCACAAACACCAUUCUGGCUCGGCUACACGACCAGUUGAACAAAUUACAUGAAGAAACGGCGUUUUUUCUCCAAACUGCCCAGGCUCCAGAAGAUCCAACGGAGAUCCAGCAGUUGUUCCAGGACUUCUACUUCUUGGUGGCGGCCAAGACAGCCAAGUUUCCGGAAAUCCACCUCAGCAAGUUGAAGGCGUUUGCUUUGAAGCUUGAUGAUUUGACGCCUACUAGCGAAAUCGACUCUGCUUUGAUCCACUUGGUAGACAGGUACUUGGUGGUUCUAGGGGCCCACGAAUUGGCCAACUCCUUGAUUUACAAGACCAUUGUUUUGACCAGUCAAAGCAACUACUGGGACGACGUGAAGCUGCUGACUUACGGGAAGGUCUGUUUCGGUGUACAGACGUUGCCUUAUAGACUCUACGAUUUCACUUCCAGGGGCGUGAACAACACGGUCUUCUCUCAAAGCCAGAGUGGCAUCGUGGCGAGAAUCAAGAGCUCCUUCUACGCCCUCUGGAACACAUUCAGCAAAAUGGCAGCCCAGACAGCGGCCCACUUGAACAGGAACUUCGUCUUAAGAGGAUCUAAGCUUCGUUUCUUGAAAGUGCCGCUUUCGUACAUCGACACCGAGAUCAAGGAAAAGAAGGAAGCUGUCCAGGCGCAAUUGGACAUCCACUACGGCCAGUUGGGCUUGUUCAUCAACAGUUUGCCUGUGGAUAUCGAGCUUUUGGGCAAACUUCUCGAGUGCAAACCAGAAAGAAGUGAAGUGCUUCAGAAAAUCGAAGAUAACGCAGAAAGCACUUCAGAGUAUAAGGCUACCCGCCCUCCAGGUUUGGUAGCCCGCUACUGGCCUGUGCUUCUUUUGUUGGUCAAGUAUGGUCCAUCUACAACAACCUCCAUCUACCAGAACCGUCUUGCCAUUGUGGACUGGAUCAGGCUCAAUUUAGUGGACACCGUGGUUGGGUUUUGGAAAAAUUGGGUCGUCAAGCCUGUCUGGGACAUGUUGGCGAUACUCCGUUCAGACGACACCAUGACGAUCACAUCGAAAGAGUCCCUCCAGUCUGACCUCAACUCGUUGGAGCGGAUGGUGACUGACUUCAUGAAAGACAAUGGCAUGACCGUGAACUUGGAGCAGGUCCAUAGGGAGGUCGCCCAAGGCGAUUUGACGGUUAUGAUGUCGCAAUACGAAAAGGAAAUCAAGACGCCGUACAAGCUGAUUAUCCAGGGUCUGUUAAUCCGGUCGAUUUUGAUUCAGAUCCAAAAGACCAAGGUUGACGGCGCCAUUGCAAUCAGCGGUAUCGACAAAUUGCUCAAGCUGCAGCAGUUGCUUUUCGGUAUGCUUUCUGUGCUGCCUUCCCUUUUCAUUCUUUACCAAGCCAACCUGGCCCUUCACAGAGAAGGAUAUUCCAGCAAGAGCCAGCGUAUCAUGUGCUUGAAGAGCCUCAAUCUGGUGGGUGCCUUGGUGAACAGAGAGGGACAGGACGAUAAGCUUAUCGGAGAUGGAAAGCUUUUUGUCGAGACAAUCAACCUUACGCUUCUCCUGAGAAAAAUCAUCCCCAGCAAGCUCCAAGAAGACUGGCUCAGAGAUCUCAAUGAGCUUAUGGUGGCCAGUGCAGAGGACAAAGAACGUGCCAGUCGUGCCGUGGAGCGGAUUUGGUCAAUGUACCUGCCAUUCUUCAGGCGGGGGAUCUAG